AAUCUUCUAUGUUCAUGGAUUGAUCCAUUCAAUUAUACAAAAUCAUUCAAUCAUCAACAGAUUUUACGUCAGAUGACAUUUCCUACUUAUGGCAAGAAAAGGUCAUUGGAUGGUGAAAAUGAUAUGGAUAGAGCGAAUAAGAAAAUGAAAAAAGGUGAAGAUUUGUAA